CAAAAAUAAAAUUGCAUUAUUUUUGUGAAUUACAACUAAACAAAUUACAAAUAUUAAACCUUCAGAUACAAGGAGAACUUUUUUUUUAUUAUUCUUUACUGAGAAGUACACGAUUCAAACAUCGUUCAGAGAUCAGAUUAAUUAGAAUAAAAUAAAUCAAAUUGUUGAAAAGAUUAAUCGGGGAAAAAAUAACUUGAAGUAACUUUCUAAGCACUCGUUAUCUCGUACACUUAUUUGGCGCUCCGCGUGCAAAACAGAUGCACGUGCAUGCACGUAUUCCGGGGAAAAUUUGUGCAAUCCGAGCAUUCAUACUGAAUGCAAGUGACGGUAGCGGUGCGGGCACGCUAGAUGAGAUGGGAUACGUUAUGCAAGUUUGCGCUACACAAGUGUAUUGCGUCAGAGUGAAUCGUCGGUUCUACAGAAGAACCCGUGACGUUUAGGGUUUUAUAAUUGAAGGAUAUGCUUUUCAUGCGCACAUCACUAGCAUUUAAAGCCGUCAAUUACGAGGAGCAGAAAUCGAUAAACUUUUUUUUGUGAAUGUAAAGAUUCAAAGAUUUAGAAAAUUAAAACUUUGUACAAAUUUAAAAUAUGACACACACACACAUGCAUAAUAACAAAAGAAUAAUGAUAUUGUAAUUCUCACUCUUUCGUUAAAGCGUGGCUUUUCUAAUCCUUCUACUGAUAGAGGAAAAAUUAAUAAAACUAAUUGAACAGUGCGGUUACGUAUGAUUAAUUAAGUACAUACGUUAUCCGCAUUGUAUUUCAGUCUUAUACACGGAAUGUAGUUCCCCAGCUUUAUAUCGCGAACUUCAAGAAAAGACGCGGCUAAGCAUACAUUUUUAACUUCUCUCUCUCUCACGGUUCACGGUACAUGCGGCGGUGCUACAUCGGAGCAAUAUAUCAAGGACCGCGUCAAAGGCUUUAACGCGAGACGAUUUAGAGGCGCUCCAGAUGAUUACGAGUUAACGAUUCGCGGCGCAACGCUGACGGGAGUCGCGAAGAUCGGCAAAGAUAUAGAGCGCGGAUCUGCUCGUGAGCAUACGUUUACGUACACGUACGCCGCCGAUCCGGCUCUUUUCCAUCGAUCCCGUCUCAGCAUCUUGUGACACACUUGCGUCGAACGUUGCUGUAAAUCUUGCCGAUUGCACCAAACUAUGAUCUAGAAAACGCGGAUGAGCCCCGGGAUAUAUAAGGAACGGAGCGGACCUCGUUGUUUGUCAUUCCCUCGAGAAAUCUAACCCACGCUCGAAGGGUAGCAGCGAGAGCCAGGGAGAGCGUGUCUCCCUCGGAGGGAUAGAGUAACAGAAAAUUCGAUUUUCUCUUUGCCGUUGGAGAGUACUAUGAGAGCCGUCAGUAUGCUUAAGAUCAGUGGAACAACAUUUAUUAUGAUGCUGGCCGUGGCGCGUUCGGAACCCCCGGUUAAUUCGUAUCUACCUCCAAGAACGGGCACCCCCGGUGCGAAUGGCGGUCGAACCGACCUGUCUACUCAGUACGGGGCGCCGGAUUUCAAUAACGGGGGUGGCGUUAAUAGAAACAGCGGCGCAACAAGUUUCACCGGGACCGGCGGUAAUGGCGCAGGUAAUGGUCCGUCGAAACUUUACGACGUGCCCAUCGGGGGAAAUGCCGGUGGAAAUGGUUUAGGUCAGUUUCAAGGAAACGGAUUUAGGGGUGGACAAUCCUCUAGCUCUAAGGCUGCCAAUGGUGGCUUUGGUGAAGACAGAGGCAACACAGGAAAGCCGUCGACUAGCUACGGUGUUCCCGACGCGAGUGGGAACAACGGGGGUGCUUUCGGAAACGUAGCUAACGAAGGAAGACCGUCGACUAGCUACGGCGUUCCCGGUAUGAGUGGCUUUGGUGAAAACCGAGGCAAUGUGGGAAGACCGUCGACUAGCUACGGCGUUCCCGACGCGAUUGGGAACAAUCGGGGUGGUUUCGGAAACGAAGGUACUGGAGGGAGACCGCCGACUAGUUAUGGCGUUCCCGGAGUGAACGGAAAUCACGAAGGUGGAAACAAUGGCAACGCGAGUCCUCCCUCGAGUAGUUAUGGCGUACCUGGUGCAAAUAAUGAAAAUACAAAUAGCAAAGGUCUCUUUAACGAUGGAAAAAGUAACGGAGGACCGUCGAGCAACUACGGAUCCCCAAAUGAAAAUGCAUUCGGAGGAGGAUUAUCAACUAGCUACGGUCUACCUAAUAGAAAUGGAAAUGGUAAUAGCGGCGGUUUAAACGGAGGAAGUUUCGUAAACGGUGAGGCUAACGGCUAUCCAUCUGGAGGUCCCAAUGGAAACGCAAAGAAUUUUGGACACGACAAUGGAAGUUUUGGAAGAGGAGGCGAAAGAGAUAGUGGCGGGGGUUACAACGACAACGCGCAAGAGGGAAAUACUGAGCCGGCAAAGUACGAGUUUUCGUAUAAAGUAAAGGAUCAGCAAACCGGCAGCGAGUACAGUCACACGGAGACUAGAGACGGUGACCGAGCUCAAGGCGAGUUCAACGUUUUGCUACCAGACGGUAGGAAGCAGAUUGUCGAGUAUGAGGCUGAUCAGGAUGGAUUUAAACCGCAAAUUAGAUACGAGGGCGAAGCGAAUGUCGGCGGAGGAUACAGCACCGGCGGGCCGAAUGAUAACAAUGACGGUUAUUCUUCUGGUCGACCGGGUAGCGGUGACUUUACGAAUAACUCAGGAUUUAAUGGAGGCGGUAGUAGCAGUGGUUAUCCAAGUGGUGGUCCCGGCGAGGGAAAGCCUGGUGGAUUUAAUAGCGGAGGCAGCAGCGGUUAUCAGUCGGGAAGACCAGGACAAUCUUUUGGUCGAGAUAAUGAUGGCAAUUUAAGCGGCGAUAUCGGCGGAUACUUUUCCAAUCCUUCUAACAAUGGCAUCGGCGACAGUGACAACACGAAUGUCGGAAGGAACAGACAAAAUGGCGGUAAUAGUGGAUAUCAAUAUUAAAUACACAUAAUUCAAUAGAUUUAGAGAUUAUCACGGUCUUGGAUAAUUUCGCAAAAGGAUAAAAAAUCGAUUGAGAAGUUAUUUAAAUUAAACUGUAUUUAAUAACCAAAUAUUAUUUAAUAGUAAUCACACACACGGAAAACUUCUAUAUUACCAUAAUAUUAUAUUAUCCAAAAUUUUUCAUCUUACCAACCAAAACAAAUUUAUAAAAAUACGAAGAUAUACCUUUUGCACUCUACAGUAUCCUUAUAAAAAACUAUAGUGUAGCAAGUUUUAGUUAGUAAGCAAAAAAGAAAAAAAUAAACGAACGUAUAAUCGA